GUUACUUUGCACGGUGUUCAGUUUUUAUCACCGGAGCACAUGAAGCGCAGCAGACACUGGGAGCUCAUCCUCUCACAGCCGGUAACAGACAGAGACAUGCAUUGGUGACCCGCGCGCGGCUGGGUUACGCACUGUUGUUUGCUAUAAGAUUGGAAGAAAAGACCAGAGAGACAAGAGAGAGGCGAGCAGACGCUUUUUUUUCCUACACAAUGACGGCUAAAACUUUGGAGAAGGUGUCGGUGAAUCUCGGGGGGUUCGUGCAUCCCGUAGCCGAGAGCGUGUACUCGGUGGAUGACAUCACCACCAGCUUGCCGACCUCUGUGGCUAUCUUCCCCAACACAGAUUUAGGAGCGCAUUACGACCAGCUCAAUGUGACAGCAGAUGGCUUGAUGAGCUCGGACAUGAGCGCAGAGAAGCGCUCUCUGGACCUCUCCUCCUACUCCAGCGGCUUCUCUCAGCCCGCAUCCCACCGCAACCAGACAUUCACCUACAUGGGGAAGUUCUCCAUUGACUCCCAGUAUCCAGGUAAUUGGAACCCCGAGGGAGUGAUCAACAUCGUCUCGGGCAUCUUCAACGUGGCCCAGCCGCAGCCUCCUCCUCAUCCUCCCUCCUCUUCAGCGUCCUCCUCCCCGGCUUCCUCAGGGUCUCCCAAUCACUUCUCCAGUGGAAAUUUGAGUUGCACCAUGGCAGCUCAGAACCAGGCAGAGAUAGACCAUCACCACCAUCUCUAUUCCCCCCCACCACCUUACUCCUCUUCUGGCUGCGGGGAGAUGUACCAGGACCCCUCGGCGUUUUUGUCCACUUCCACCUGUCCUAUCGCCUCGUACCCGCCGCCCUCCUACUCUUCGCCAAAGCAGCAGGGCAGCUCAGACGCGCCGGGGCUUUUCCCCAUCAUUCCCGACUACUCGGGCUUUUUCCAACCGGCGUGCCAGCGGGACAUGCACACGGCAAGUAUCCAAGAUCGGAAACCGUUCGGCACAUGUCCGCUCGAUACAUUCCGCGUCCCUCCACCCUUGACCCCGCUGAACACUAUCAGGAACUUUACGCUGGGGGGUCCAGGUGGUGGUGGCUCCGAGGCAGGGCAACCAAGGCUUCCUUCUGCCUACAGCCCACAGAACUUGCCCCUGAGGCCGAUCCUGCGGCCCAGAAAGUACCCGAACAGACCCAGCAAGACGCCUAUCCACGAGCGGCCAUAUCCCUGUCCUGCGGAUGGCUGCGACCGGCGGUUCUCUCGCUCUGACGAACUGACCAGACACAUCCGCAUCCAUACUGGACACAAGCCGUUCCAAUGUCGGAUUUGUAUGCGUAACUUCAGCCGCAGCGACCACCUCACCACGCACAUCCGCACUCACACGGGAGAGAAGCCGUUCGCCUGCGACUUCUGUGGCCGGAAGUUCGCUCGGAGCGACGAGAGGAAGAGACACACUAAAAUCCAUCUGAGGCAGAAGGAGAGGAAGUCCUCCACUGUCUCUUCCUCGUCCUUAUCCUCAUCCACCAGCUCCGGACUGGAUCGACCGUCAGGCGGGAUCAGUGCAACCAACGGGAUCUGUCCAUAGUUAGAAAACUUUGUUGUCACCAUGGCAGUGUGACGCACACUAACCCCUAAAAAGGAAGCAACCACCGAAUAAUGAUCCUUAAACUGUUGUGAACUAAAGAUAGAACACGAAGAUGGGAACAAGAACCUCUGUGUAGUCGUGCGUAAUUACGCAUACCCAUACCCUCCUAUUCCUGCUCCAGAACUGACAGAGAGACUGACACGAAUGCACUUUGCCUGCACAGUCUACUGAACAUACAAGUAAAUAUAGCCAUUAAUUCAUAAGAAUAUACAAGAGUGGUUGUAAUAAAGGAGAUUUUUAAAAUAUCUCCAUACUUAUUGAGCACGCAAAAGGCUGCGGGUUUAAAUGUGAAAUAACUGCAAUAACGUUUUGAAUAAAGAAAACUGUUCUAAGUUAUUAAAUUGACCAAGUGUUCAUUAUAACAUGUUUGUUGAUGACUAUAUCUCAAUUUUAGUGCCUUGCUGCGUGUCUUUUUGUACACUGACUGAUUCGAGGACGCUUCUAAUGCAAUGUGUAUUUGUUUUUUAAUACGUACAGUUGAAAGUCAUUCUAUUUUUGUACACAUUUCGUCUCGUUUAACUCCAGUGUUAAGCAGUUGUGGUUCACGUGUAAAACCAUGUUGGAGUGUAAAUAUGUUGAACUAAUGCCGACUUGACCUGUUUGUUGUA